CGCUGACCUUUCUUCUCUGCCCAUCUCCUCAUUUACAAGCACAAAAUCCUUUCUAAAUCUCUUUCUUUCAUUUUUCUUGCUUUAUAUAGAGAGCACAAGUAACUUCAUUAUUGACUUCACUAGCAAAAUGGGUAGGUCUCCUUGCUGUGACAAAGUAGGUUUGAAGAAAGGACCUUGGACACCUGAAGAAGAUCAAAAACUCUUAGCUUAUAUCGAUGAGCAUGGCCAUGGAAGCUGGAGAGCUUUACCGGCAAAAGCAGGUCUUCAAAGAUGUGGAAAGAGUUGCAGGCUUAGAUGGACUAAUUACUUAAGACCAGAUAUUAAGAGAGGAAAGUUCAGUUUACAAGAAGAACAAACCAUUAUUCAACUUCAUGCCCUUUUAGGCAACAGGUGGUCAGCUAUAGCAACUCAUUUACCAAAAAGAACUGAUAAUGAAAUCAAGAACUACUGGAAUACACAUUUAAAGAAAAGAUUAGCAAAAAUGGGGAUUGAUCCAGUUACCCACAAGCCAAAAAAUGAUGCUUUACUUUCUAGUGAUGGUCAAACCAAGAAUGCAGCAAAUCUUAGCCACAUGGCUCAAUGGGAAAGUGCUCGGCUCGAAGCUGAGGCUAGGCUGGUACGAGAAUCUAAGCUGCGUUCACAUUCACUUCAACACCAACUUAGCCCUACUGGCUAUGUUUCCGUUUCUUGUUCUGGUUCUGGUUCAGUUUCUGGUCAGGCUCCGCCACCUAAAGCUUGGAAUAAUGGAGGAAAUGCUCUAAGCAGCAAUGGAAUUGGAGGCGGCCUUGAAUCUCCGACGUCUACUCUUACUUUUUCGGAAAAUGCACUGCCACAACCGCCACCAUCAGCAGCAUCUCAAAUCUUGAAUUCCUCGGGAAUUGGAGGAGAGAAUUCAAUUCCUAUUAUUGAGUUGGUAGAUACUUCAGGCUCAUCAGAGACCGGAAUUAUUAAGGAAGAAGGUGAACAUAAUUGGAAAGGAAUUGAAAAUUCAAAUUCUGUUUCUUUUACAUUUUCAAUGGAAGGGCCAUGGAGUGCAGAAUCUUCAAGAAUAAAUAGUUGCAGUAAUAUUCAUGUAGGACAUGCUAUGGAAGAAGGGUUUACUAAUCUCUUGCUUAGUGAUUCUGGUGACCGGAGUUUAUCCGAUAGCGGUAAAGACUCCGAUAAUAGUGGUGGUGGUAGUGAUUAUUACGAAGAUAACAAGAAUUAUUGGAAUAGCAUUCUUAAUUUGGUGAAUUCUUCUCCUUCUGAUUCACCCAUGUUCUAAAAUAUAUAUAUGUAUAUUUAUAUGUAAAAUUUGCUACAAAAUUAAUUGUUCUUGAUCAUGUUCUCUAAGAGAAGUAUCAUGUACAAACAAUGAGCUCUUCUCAACUUAUUAAAUGUAGUGAAACUGAUUUAUUAUUAUGACUAUUAUUUUUUUUCCUAU